AUGGAGAGCGAGGAAUCGAGAGAAACCGCUGGUGUCCGACGCGACCGAAUUAAGCGAUUAAUAAGUUGUUUGUUGGAAGUGGAAGAGGAAGGGGGAAAGGAAAAGUGGCAAGGACUGUACAGAAGGCUGUCUGGAGGAAGGAAAAAGAGCAGGAGGAAUUGGAAAGACUGGAGGGGAAAGGGAAGAGGAAUGAAUGAGGAGGAGGAGAGGAAAAUGCCGACGAGGGUCGGAGCGGAAGCGAGGGUGUGGGUUUUGAUAAGCAAGCUUGGUGGUAUGGAGUAA